AUGAAGGCAAUCUUAUCCUCAGUAUUGGUACUGGCCUCGACCGCGCAUGCGAUCUGGCCGCUACCCACGAAGUAUACACAUGGCGACAAAAACCUCUGGAUCGAGAAGGGACAGGUCAAAGUCAACUACAAAGGGCCUGGAUAUGUGCGCGAGGCUUCCUGCCUCCUGGAAAAACAAACAUUGACCGCGGAGGGACAGUCACAGCGGAAGAUUCCAGGCCGCGAUGACAGUCAUUCUGGAUCGAACAUACCCCAGAUCAUAAGCAGCGCAAUUGAUCGGACGUAUGAGACGCUAUUUGAGAAGAACUUUGUGCCAUGGAAACUUCGCCCUCGCUUGUCGAAUUUUGAGCCUCAGUCUGGUGGACCAUCUAUCACGACAAUCAGUUUGGAGCAGACUGCCAAUGAGCCUGCCAAUGGCACCGACGUGGAUGAGUCGUACAGUCUGGAGCUGACUGAAGAUGGCGAGGUGGCAAUCAAGGCGCCCGGUGCGGUCGGCUUGCUGUACGGUUUGACAUCGUUCACGCAGCUGUUCUACAAGCACUCCAACGGUGGCGUGUACACCGACAAGGCUCCGGUCUCGAUCACUGACGCACCAAAGUUCAAGUGGCGCGGCCUCAACUUGGACACGUCUCGGACCUUCAAGACAAUGGACGACAUUUACCGCACAUUGGACGCCCUUGCAUACAACAAAUUCAACCGCCUGCACUGGCACAUCACCGAUGCACAGUCAUGGCCUCUCGAGAUCCCUUCGAUGCCAGAGCUGGCAGACAAGGGUGUAUAUGUCAACGACCAGCGAUACACACCAGAAGAUGUAAAGGCGGUCUACGCCUACGGCGCAAACCUUGGCAUCACCGUCGCCAUGGAGAUCGAUAUGCCUGGCCACACUUCCUCGGUCUGGUUCAGUCACCCUGAUCUCAUCACCGCAUUCAACCAGCAGCCGGACUGGGCUACUUACUGCGCCGAGCCUCCUUGUGGAUCUUUCAAGCUGAACUCUACCGAUGUCGGCGAUUUCUUGCAAAAGCUGCUUGAUGAUCUCUUGCCACGCAUCAAGCCAGACACGCCCUACUUCCAUCUUGGUGGUGAUGAGGUCAAUAAGAACGCCUACAAUCUCGACGAUACUGUCCGUUCCAAUGAGUCUUCCGUACUGCAGCCACUCAUGCAGAAGUUCGUGGAUCGCAACAUGAACCAGCUCAAGUCGUACGGUCUGACGCCACUGGUCUGGGAGGAGAUGCUUCUCGAGUGGAACUUGACGCUGCCAAAGGACACCAUCGUGCAGACGUGGCAGAGCGAUGAGGCUGUCGCUCAGACUGUCGCAAAGGGCUACCAAGCCCUGGUCGGGAACUACAACUACUGGUACCUCGACUGCGGCAAGGGUCAAUGGCUUGACUUCUACCCCGAGAACGCCGCAGGUUUCUGGCCUUUCAACGACUACUGUGCGCCACUACACAACUGGCGUGUAAUGUACAGCUACGAUCCUCUGAAUGGCGUGCCCGAGAACGCCACGCACCUUGUACUUGGUGGCGAGGUGCAUAUCUGGUCUGAGCAGACUGACUCUGUUAACUUGGAUGAUCGCUUAUGGCCUCGUGCUUGCGCUGCUGGUGAAGUGUUGUGGAGCGGUGCCAAGGAUGCGUCAGGCCAGAAUCGGUCGCAGGUUGAGGCUUCGCCACGUCUGGCGGAGAUGCGUGAGCGUCUUGUUGCUCGUGGUGUUGAUGCUGAGCCGAUUCAGAUGCCGUUCUGCACACAGAAUGGGACGCAGUGUGCGUAUCCUGUGGCUUGA